GAAGAAGCCCACGCAUGUGACUGUGAACUGCUGGUUCUGCAAUCAGGACACGGUAGUGCCAUAUGGGAAUCGCAACUGCUGGGAUUGCCCCAACUGUGAACAGUACAAUGGAUUCCAAGAGAAUGGAGACUACAACAAGCCCAUUCCUGUGGAACACCUUAACCAUGUUGUGUCAGGUGCUACGACUUUCUGUGAUCCUACCAAACCGCAACAGUGGGUGAGCAGCCAAAUUCUGCUUUGCAAGAAAUGCAACAACCACCAAACCACGAAGAUCAAACAGCUGGCUUCAUUCUCACCAAGGGAGGAGGGCAAGUAUGAUGAAGAGAUUGAGGUGUAUAAGCAUCAUCUGGAGCAGACCUACAAGCUGUGCCGUCCAUGCCAGGCUGCUGUGGAAUAUUACAUAAAACCCCAGAAUCGGCAGCUCCGGGCGCUGCUGCUCAGCCACCAUUUCAAACGCCGUGAGACAGACAAGACCUAUCCUCAGAAUUUAUGUUCAUCCUCCUCUUCUGCUUCCAUAACCACACCAGCUCAGGUGAUAUUUCUGCGGUUCUUGGCCUUUCUCAGCUGCGCGUUCCUGGUUCUGAUGGCCUUGUAUGGGUCAGGCGACCCCUUCUCACUCAGUGCAGCAGUCCCUGCUCCUGUCUCAUCUGGUCCAGCAUCUAUUCAGAACAGGACUGGUACAAGCUCGCUUGCAGACUUGGAAAAUGAUACUUCCGUGACGGUGGCAGGCUGGCGGGAGCUGCUCCACCUGCUCCCAGAACAGAUGGUGGAGAACCUGAGUGUCGCAUGGGCUUACGGGAAGAAUCACCAGAUGGCAGUCGCUGUCCUUGGGCUGUUCACCUGCCUGUUGGCCAUGUUCUUAGCUGGUCGGAUCAGGCUCCGGAGAAUUGAUGCGUUUGCUUCAGUCUUGUGGUUCGUAGUGAUGAGUCUGCAUUUAGCUGAGAGUUACCUGAAGACGGAAACGCCCAACUGGCUAGACACAGCCAAAUUUGGUACCACAUCCUUGUGCUGCUUGGUGGGCUUCACCGCAGCAGUGGCCACGCGGAAAUCAACGGGCCAUCGGAGAUACCGGCCCCGAAGGUACCUUUCUGGGGAUUCGAUUACUCUCUUUCCCAGCGGUACUGGGACUGGCUUCCCUUCCUCUGCUACAUCUCUCUUUGUCCCAACACCACCCAGUAUUCUGCAGCUGACAAACCAACAGCUCUUCAGAUCCCCACGCAGAACUUCUUCUUCCUCUCUUCCUGGUCGUCUCAACAGGGCACUCUCACUGGGCACCAUCCCCUCCUUGGCCAGAGCAGAUUCUGGCUACUUGUUCAGUGGAAGUCGACCAGCCUCCCAGUCAUCUCAGUCCAAGGAAUCUCCUACAUCAGAGCACUUCUCCCUGCUGUCAGGCAGCUGCGCUCCCUCCCGCAUCCCCUCUCCAGCACCGUCGGUGGCUGGCUCUGUGACUUCCAGCUCGGGUUCCUUGCGGUACCGCCGGCCACUCAUCAGCCCUGCCCGCCUGAACCUGAAAGGACAGAAGCUGCUGCUUUUCCCAUCUCAGAAUGAGGCUCUGCUCACCCCAACUAGCUCAGAGGAGCACACCCACUCAGACAGCAACAUCUUUGCCACCGAGUUGUCCUCCUUUCCAAAGAACCACCUCAGCGAGCGGGGAAUGCAUGCUUUAGAUAUGAGAUCUGCUGUGGAAGGAGGGAGUAUUUGCAGUGAUAAUUCUAUCAAAAAGGAGGAUCGCUCAUCACACUCAUCUACCUGUGUGGUAGACACAACUACCAAAGGGGAAGAUUUGGCAGGCUGGAGAGGUCAUUUUGGUAACUCCGCUCUCCGAGGUCUACUAGCCGUGAGUCUGACUCUCAAUGCCAUCUUCACAUCAGCCUAUGUCUACCGAAGCCUGCGCUGA